GCCUAUAAGGGGGAGUCAGGUGACGAGAAGGUGUCAUGGCGUCUGAUAACGAGUACUGGUUGGUUGCUGUUCCAGGCGGGAAGAGCCCAGAGAGAGAAUGGAAUGCUAUUUCAGAGAAGCUCAAACCUAUUUCUUCAUGUUUUAAGUUCUCUAUACCAGACCUAAAGAUUGGUACACUCAACUCUCUUGUAGAUUUAUCAGACACGUUGAAUAGACUUGACACAUUUGUCGAAGGGGUCGUAAGGAAAAUGGCGCAUUACAUGUCUGAUAUUAUUGAUCCAGAAGACAGGGACAAACUCCACGAGAACCUGCUGGUUGGUCCAGGGAAGCUCCCAAUGGAAAACUAUGUUGCACGGUUCAGUUGGGAUCAAGCCAAGUUCCCUUUGCGUCAGUCUCCUUCCGCUCUGGCUGAGAACAUUAGUAAAAUGGUGACACAGAUUGAUAAUGACUUGAAACAGAAAUCCUCAUCUUACAACACACUCAAGGGAAACCUCCAGAAUAUUGAGAGGAAAUCAGUUGGUAAUCUCAUGACUCGUUCUUUGAAUGGUUUAGUUGAUCCUAAGUUUCUUAUCACUAAAUCAGAAUAUUUGCAGACGCUCUGUGUUGUGGUACCAAAGGCAAUGUAUAAGGAGUGGCAGCAUUCUUAUGAGAGGCUAUCAGAUAUGGUUGUACCACGAUCAACUGAACUAGUUACCGAAGAUCAAGAAUAUGGACUCUUCACUGUCACCGUUUUCAAGAAAAUAGUCGACGAGUUCAAACUACAAGCGAGGGAGAAAAGGUUUGCUGUGAGGGAGUAUGAACAUGACCCUCAAGCUCUGGAAGCUGAGAGGAAAGAGAAGGAAAAACUUGAAAGAGACCUCAAGAGACAGUUUGGCCCACUGAUGAAUUGGCUUAAGGUCAAUUUCAGUCAAGUUUUCUCUGCUUGGCUUCAUCUCAAAGCAUUAAGAGUCUUCAGUGAAUCAAUACUGAGGUAUGGUCUAGAUAGUAAUUGUGUGUCUCUGGUUCUCAAGCCUCAUCGUAGAAGUGCUAAAUCAGUACAUCAGGCACUCAAUGAUAAAUACUAUCAUCUUGACAGCAUGCCACUGAAGGGAUCCAAGGGUGACGAUCACAUUGACAUACCUGGUCUAGGCCUCAACCAAGCUGAGUAUUAUCCUUAUGUUUUCUUCAAAAUGAACCUUAACGUCUUAGAGAAAUAGAGUGAGGGGGAACAUAGAUCGAUCAUCAUCCCUUUAUUAUUAUUAUUAUUAUUGUUAUUAUUUGUUAUUAUUAUCAUUAUUAUUAAUUUUUGAUGUUUUGUGCUGUUUUUUUCCAUAGUUUGUCAUUAUAGCCCAAUAGUGUUGUACUUAUGUGUUUGUUCUGUGUGUUGCAACUUUAUAAAUGUAUUAUGAACUUGAAAGCAAUAACAAA